UUGGGACUUUGCUGGAGCGGUCCGGUCUGAUCUUUCUUCCGCCCCCUUCAGGUGUUUGGUCUUGCAUGACCAGGAUUUAUAUACUGUUUAUAGACGGAUUUCCUGAACUCAAGUUUACAAUAAUUACGUAACAAUCAACAACUGAUCUGGGCGACUGCUGAGGAAGAUAUACAUCAUGGCGAUGACCAACACACACAAGGAUAUUCUUAUAAGAAACCGUGGCGGCCUCGUGGACAAUAUAGCUAACAUAGCUGCCGUUGUCAAUGAACUUUUCAGUAUGGAGACCAUAACAGCUCACAUGAAGGAGGAUAUUUUAGAAGGGAAGCACCACACACCAAGGGACAAGAAAUGGGCUUUGCUUGAUUUAUUGCCACGUAGAGGUGAUGGAGCUUUUGACCAUUUCCACACUGCCCUGAUAAAAUGUGGCGAGCAGGUUGCAGCUGAUAUCCUGAAGCCUCCAGCACCACAGCCUCAGCAACCGACAGAUGACCUCCCUGAAUCUUGGCCGCCUGUAGACUACAGUACAAACGAAGUAAAGGUUGAGAUGGUUGCCGAAGACAAUAUUCAAAUGCGACAAUGGUUUGAAGAGUCAAAAUCAAGUUCAAUGAUCUACCGCAUGGAGAAAUGCCCAAGAGGGAGAGUCUUGAUAAUUAAUAACAAAAACUUUUCCGCUGCAAGAGAGAAAAAGUUAGACCUGGAAGACAGAACAGGGACUGAUGAGGAUGCUACUUCGCUAUGUCUUCUUUUUGAUGACCUAUCGUUGGAUAAAGUCGUCAAGAAAGAUCUGACACGUGAGAAAAUCAUAGAAGUGCUGGAUGAAGAGAGACAACUCGAUCAUGACGGCUAUGACUGUUUCGCGUGUGUCAUCUUGUCCCAUGGGACUGGAGGAGGCGUGUAUGGGGUUGACGGCGAGGUUGCCAACAUACAGGAAAUCACUGAUAUGUUUAAUGGUCAGAACUGUCAAACACUUGUUGGGAAGCCGAAACUUUUCUUCAUACAGGCCUGUCAGGGACAAAAGAAAGACACGGGCGCAGAAAGUGCACCAGAUCCCACUGUUUCUGAGGUAACACAAGAACUUGAAAGCAUCAGAAUACACAAGGAACCACAGACAGAAAAACAAAACCUUGUCGCUACGACCAGUUCAGCUGCUGAACAUCCACCCAGGGCUGACAUCAUGAUAGCAGAAGCUACGACGCCAGAUUAUAUGUCAGUUCGAAACACAGUAAACGGCUCAUGGUUUAUACAGGCUAUUGUUUACGUCUUUAUGAAGUUUGCUCACAAAGAAGAUCUAGCGUCAAUGAUGACCAAGGUUAAUGACCUCGUGUGUCGUAGAGUGACCAAGAACAAAAAGUACAAGCAAGUUUCUACUUAUAGUUCUGUUCUUACGAAGCACUUUUACUUCUUCCCUGGACUUCCCCAGAAAACAAGCUAGAUACAAAUGUCCUCGUAUGCCAGUUUUUAUCGUAGAACAGACAUACAUCAUCCUCAACUGAGGUGCACGAAACAGAUGGACCAUAGUUAAUUGGAGGAUGUGUAAAAUGUCCGUAACACAAUAUUGUGCUACUUUAUUCGUUGCUCAUUCGGAUCUUCCCGAUUAUUAUUAAAAAAUUUGAGACGCACAAAUCAGGUAUGCUUGAAGUGAGGAAUAGUUACAUGUCUGGCUGACUAUAAAUUUACUCAAGGCAACCUCCUGAGGUAUUUACGAAUUAUCACAUACGAGGUAUAGCGUCAGUAAAAGUAAAAUAUUUCAUUUUAAUGAAGUCCGGUUAGUACCGACAACAAACUGACUGACUAUGUACCAAAUACACAAUCCACAUGACCAACAUAUCACCAUGGGUCGGCAGGCUCGCUUAUUUCACCUGACGCUUUUCGUAGCAAACAACUCACGUCAGGCAGGAUAUUAUAGCCCUCAACCCCAGUGUCACCCACCACUCACCAUCACUUCAGCUCCAUCCUCAUCGUGUUAUACUACUGUCGCCCCAUUCUGUAACCUGCAAGAAAUCUCCCGUUGGGUAUAUGUCUCUGACGACUGAUUUAUCAGCAAUGUUCCAUGCACGUUUAGAAAAAUCGACAAACAUCUUGUACUCUAAAUCAUUGUAUGACUCGCCACAGAUUCUCCUGGUUAGGAUAUUUCUAAUAUUUUCCAAUGAAAGCCUUAUUCAUAGAGUUGAUUUCAUAUGUUGAAUACAACCUACGAAUCAUUUCUAUUUCAAACUACAUAAAACUAUUUUGAAUUUUACAUGAUUACCUCGUACAAUGUAGAUAUUUCUUGCGUAUUUACAAUCAUAUUUAACAUUUUAUAAAUUGUACGUACUUGUA